AUGGUCAGAAAACCGAAGGAGGAGAAGGAGUCAAAAAAAGUGGAUAUAGAGCCGAGCUCUGAGGAAUACGAUUAUGCAUACUCCUCCCCACACAGCUGCGAGUCCCUUGAAUACACCGGAAAUCUCAGUGUCACCAAGGCCCAGCACCUCACGGUACCACUUACGGAAAUCGCCAGGUUAAUCUCAAACUCAGGUUUUGAGGACUUCAUCACCUACCCCGAGGGCGAGGCCGAGGGGUUCCACAUUUCAAAGCACUGGUACUUCUUUGGCGGGGCGUCGGUGUGGCUUGCCGACUAUGGAGUUUACUUCUACACCACACGUGUUUACUUCUCUCCCACGGGCUCCAAACACCAUUGCACAUUCUCUUUCGUCUACGCACAGCUUUACGACUCCGACUGGAACGAAGUCAAGGGAACCCUCGAGGUUCCGCAGUAUGAUUCAGCAAUCCCCGAGUCACCCAUGCCAUUUCCACAGCUCUUGCCUAUUCCGUUCAACGGCGAACAGGGCAAAAAGUACUUGGGCCCUGAGGACCCACGGAUUCUCACGCGGCGCAACCCCUUGGGGUUUGAGGAACCUAUGGUGGUGUUCAACAUGAUCAGCGAGGAGCACGACCGGAAGCGACUUUUGCACGCAUACUUUCCGUUCACCGAGACUUUGAUCAAGUUUCGGGUGUAUGGCUACGAGCCCCUCAAGCGUGAGAAGAAUUGGACACCAUUCUUUGAUCCGGCUGAGCCUAGCGAUACCCACGUUCGGUUCAUCUACAAUAUCAACCCGUUAGAGAUUCUCCUCUGCGAUUUGGAGUCUGGUUGGUGCAAGUUUGUCCAAGGAACCGCCCGCCUCACGGAGGAUGAUGUUAGUGCCAUAGACACCCUCGAAGACGUAAAGAUAUCGGAGAUGAGGGGCGGCACCACGCUCUGGCCACUUCCAGCGGAGCUCCAGUCGCAGCUUCCGGCCAGCAGAAAGCUCUAUAUUGGGUUUGCCCGUGCUCAUCUCACCAAAUGCGGCUGCGGAAGCUCCAUGUACCGGCCGAACUUGUUCAUCUUGGAGGAGAAUCCCGAGACAAAGAAGUUUGCGGUGCUAUUAAACAGCGCGUUUCUCGAUUUCAAUAUAGAAAUCACGCCAUGGCACGCCGACGAAGAUCAGCCGCAUUGCACUGACUCCAACGUGUUGAUUUCUAACGGGAUAUCGUAUUGGGACGUGCAGGAGGUGAAGGGGAAGGCCAGUUUCGAUGAUCAUUUGGGGUUGACGCUCUCCAGUGGCGAUCUGAACGUUCAGGUGAUUCACAUCCUGGGAUUGUUGAAUUAUAUUGCGCGCAUUCCAAGACUCUUGAACGAGGCCAGCAUGGACGGAGCUAUGUCCAAUGUUGUGGGCUGUGCGUUGCGGUAUUCGAGGGAGUACUGUCGUGCCUAUGGAGAGCUCUUUGAGAACCAAGAUCCGGAGGAUCUGGGGUUUGGAAGGUUGUGGCUGCGUCUAGGUUUCGGAUCGGCAACCGAAAGAGACGAUUGA